AUGUUUUUUGAGCUUGUCAUUCAAUCUCAGGAAUUAAAUGAUUCUGAAUUUAGCUUCCCACAGACCCAAUCCUCUGAUCUCUUUCCUAUGCCUUUAUGUCGAGGUAUAGUAUUAGAAGAGGCCACCAUCGACGAAUUGCAGUUGUACAUGGAAAAUAAGACUUUGACCAGUGUCGACCUAGUUCAUUGUUACCUCGAGAGAUAUUUCCAGAUUAAUGAUUUUGUCAAUGGCAUUCAACAGCUAAAUCCAGAUAUGUUCUCCAUUAGUGCUAGCAUGGAUGAAGAACGCGAGCAGGGUAUAGUUAGAGGACCCUUACAUGGUAUACCGUUUAUAGUCAAGGAUAAUUUUGCUACCAAAGAUAAGAUGCAAACUACGUGUGGAUCUAAUGCCUUGUUGGGUAAUGUUGUACCUAGAGAUAGCUUCGUAGUACAUAAAUUAAGAGAAGCAGGAGCUGUUUUGUUUGGACAUGCUACGUUAUCUGAAUGGGCUGAUAUGAGAUCAAGUGACUAUAGUGAAGGCUAUUCAGCUGUUGGGGGACAAGCAAGAUCGCCCUAUAAUUUGACCAAGAUAAGCGGUGGAAGCUCUACUGGUAGCGGAGGGAGUGCUGCAGCUAAUAUGAUUAUGUUCUCGUUAGGUACCGAGACUGAUGGUAGUAUUAUAUCUCCAUCUGUAUUGAAUGGGAUUGUUGGUUUCAAACCAACUGUAGGUUUAACCUCUCGUAAUGGGGUGAUACCAGAAUCCGAACACCAGGAUACAACAGGACCUAUGGCUAGGACGGUUAGAGAUGCAGUUUAUGUUCUUCAGCACAUGUUUGGUGUUGAUGAAAGAGAUAAUUAUACUUUUGCUCAGACCGGGAAGACUCCACCAGAUGGUGAUUACUUGAAGUUUUUAUCCGACCAAUCAGCUUUGAAAGGAGCCAGAUUUGGCCUUCCAUGGGAGAAGUUAUGGUCAUAUGCAGAUGAAAGUAUGGUGGAAAGAUUACUAGAAACCAUUAAAAGGUUAGAACAAGCUGGAGCUACUAUUUAUAACAAUACUAAUUUUGGUAAUUUAGAUGUAAUAUCCGAUGAUGGCUGGGAUUGGAAACUCGGUAGAGUUAAUGAGUCGGAGUAUACUAUAGUAAAAGUUGAUUUUUAUAAUAAUAUUGAAAGCUAUUUAUCGGAACUUGAAAACACCCAAAUGAGAACUUUGCAGGAUUUGGUUGAUUAUAAUUAUGCCAAUGAUGGAACGGAAGGUGGUAAUCCCGGAACACAUCCUGCUUUUGAAUCAGGCCAAGAUGGGUUUUUAGCUUCUUUGGAAUGGGGAGGAAUCAAAAAUGAAACGUAUUACCAGGCAAUUGAAUUUGUUCAUAGGACCUCUCGAGAUGAGGGAAUUGAUUAUGCUCUUAAUUAUACUGAUUCAAAUACCGGAGAGAAUUUCCAGCUUGAUGGAUUACUCGUACCAUCAAGUCAUGGCAUAACAUACCAGCAAGCCGCCAAAGCAGGAUAUCCCAUGGUAACGAUUCCGGUUGACGUUGACCAAGACGGAAUGCCAUAUGGACUAGGUAUUAUGCAAACAGCUUGGGGUGAGCCAGAUUUAAUAAAGUAUGCUUCUGCAAUUGAAGAUUUAUUGAAGCAUAGACCAACGCCGAAAUAUUACGAAUAUUUAUCUAAAAACGUUCCCGUUAUAUAA